AUGUCCCUCCUUAUAUAACUACCUCGACAGGUGGAGGAUAGAGUAGUUUUGCUCACGUCACCAGACUUUCUCCACAAGAAGCAGUUGAGCGCGCAGAUUCGCAGAUUUUCUGCACCAAAACAACCAUGUCUGAAAGAGCAAUUCUGUACUAUUUCAAUGGAAGAGGGAAAAUGGAGUCAAUCCGCUGGCUUCUGACAGUUGCAGGGGUGGAGUUUGAUGAGAUGUAUCUGACAACCAGAGAGGACUUCGAGAAACUAGUGAAUAAUGGAUCACUCAUGUUUCAGCAGCUUCCCUUGGUGGAAAUCGAUGGUAUGAAACUUGUUCAGUCCAAGGCAAUCUUGAAGUACAUAGCAGAAAAGUACAAUCUCCAUGGCAAAGAUAUCAAAGAACGUGUCAUGGUCAACAUGUACGCAGAGGGACUCAUGGAUCUCAUGGAAAUGAUCGCAAUAGUGCCUUUCGUGCCAGAUCCAAAACCAAAGUUAGACAAUAUCCAGAGUAAAGCAAAAGAACGCUACUUACCUGUGUUUGAAAAGGCACUGACUGGACCCGUUUACUUGGUGGGUGGUAAACAAACCUAUGCAGAUGUACUCCUGCUGGAAUGCACUCUGAUGCUGGAGGAGAAAUUCCCAGAAAUUCUUAAAGAUUUUCCCAGUGUCAAGGCGUUCCAGGGUAGGAUGGCUCAAAAUGAUGCCAUCAGAAGAUUUCUGCUCCCAGGCAGCAAGAGGAAGCCACAGCCAGAUGAAACCUACGUGAAGACCGUCCUGGAAGUGCUCAAGAUGACUUCACUUCAUUGAACUCAUCACAAAAGAUAAAUCCAUCUUGUAUGAGCUUCAUUGCUAAAAACUAAGCAAAUAUCACUUGAGCAACAAGAGGCCUUAAUGAUGUUGAAAUUUAUACUGCAUUAUCUUGGAAAAUACAACUAAUCUAUUUAGCUUGAGACUGAAUUAUGUAAUCUUUUUUAUAACAAUAAAUAGCUGUUUUUCAUGCAAAUUCAAUUUAAAAUAAAUACUUUAUUU